AUGGCGGCCGUUGAAAACAGCCCACGGUUAUGCCACCUACACGUCACCGACAAGGUGACAGGACAAAGGUUCCUCAUAGACAUCGGAUCAGACGUAAGCAUCGUACCUCCGACACAUAACAGGGGAAACCUAAAACCGACCCCGUACCAGUUGUACGCCACCAAUGGUACUCUGAUACUAACUUACGGCACCGUGGUACUCCAACCAGAAUUCGGACUCAGAAGAGCGUUCCCCUGGAGAUUCGUGGUGGCCAACACCACGCAGCCGAUAUUAGGAGCCGACUUCUUGGCACAUUACAGCCUCUUGCCAGACAUGCAAAGGAAGAGACUGAUAGACGGAAGAACAGGCCUGGUGACUAGAGGUACUACGUGCAUCACGGCGACGCCCUCCGUCAAAACGGUUGGCACCCAAACAAAGUAUCACGCGGUAUUAGCGAAAUACCCGGGACUAACGAGCAUCUCAGGACAACAGCGCGAGGCAAAACACGAGACAGAGCACUUCAUAAAAACGACACCUGGCCCACCCGAAGCGUGCCGACCGCGCAGGCUGGCACCGGAUAAGCUAAGAGCGGCCAGAACCGAGUUUGAGUUAAUGCUAAAGGAGGGAAUUAUACAACCUUCAAAAAGCCCGUGGUCAGCACCACUACAUCUAGUACCGAAGAAAGACCAAGCGUGGAGACCGUGUGAAGACUACCGCAAAUUAAACGCCAGGACAGUACCGUGGAGGACUUUGCAUACGCGCUACACGGAAAAACAAUAUUUUCCACGCUCGAUUUGGUCAGGGCCUAUUACCAGAUCCCGAUACACCCAAAGGACAUACUGA